CAGGGAGAUUUGAGCCUAUGUGAAACGGCUGCAUGGUUAAUGUCUGGGCUCUGCUAUAAUAACUCAUUUUUUCUUUCUAUGAAUGGAGAAAUACGUGACCUUAAUUAUGGUUGUCGUUGAAGGAUUUCCUCUCGACAAGUACAAGCCAAAAUCACUCAUUACCAAGUCUCCAAAGCUUCUUGUAAUCUGUACAUGGCUUCCAAAGCUCAACACAUUUGGCAUACUACGUUCUCUAUAGGAUUCAUCGUUGCCAUCCGACAGUUUCUGGCACUUUCUACACCAAAAAAUGUUCUUGUCUGUUCUAAUGGAUCUAUUGAUGUUCUUGUCUGUUCUAAUGGAUCUAUUGUCUAACUAGCGUGGCUUCUCCUUUAUCAGGCCACGAUCCUCUCUUCACACACAAACGAGAGCGAGAGAGAGAGAGAGAGAGAGAGAGAGAGAGAGAGAGAGAGAGUCCCAAAGCAGUAAUGGAGGUGGUGAACAACGAGUUUGAGGUGGGCGAAUGCAAGGGCCAAAAGCUCGUUGACGGAGAGCAGAUGCCGCUGGUGCUCCGCCCAGCCGAAGCCCAAAAGCGAGGCCUAUGCUCACUGGUGGCAACGCUCAAGGCCAACAAGGUGUGGUUCGAGGAGAAGCUGCUGCAGCACAGCGCCGUCCUCUUCAGGGGAUUCGACGUGCGCGACGCCGAGGGCUUCAACGAGAUCGUCGAUGCCUUCGGGUGGGACGACAUUCGCUAUGUCGGCCCUGCGCCAAGGACUCACGUCCACAAGCGCGUGUGGACCGCCAACGAAGGACCCCUGUCCGAGUUCAUAUACUACCACCAUGAGAUGGUUCUGAUCAACGAAUUCCCCACCAAGGUGAUCCUUUUCUGCCAAGUGCCGCCGCCGGAGGGCGGUGAGACGCCCUUCGUGCCGAGCUUUCGAGUCACGGAGAGAAUGCUUGAGGAGUACCCCGACAACGUGAGGGAGAUGGAGGAGAAGGGACUGCGAUACACCUUCACUGCCGUCAGCAAGAACGACACCACCUCCAUGAGGGGAAGAGGAUGGGAGGACGCCUUCGGCACAUCCGAUCCGGUCGAAGCAGAGCGAAGGGCCAGGGCACUGGGAAUGAACAUCGAGUGGCUCCCAAACGGCGGGGCGACGACCAUCUUGGGGCCGCGGCCCUUGACUCGGGUCUUCCCGGGGAGGAAGGCAAGGCGCAUGUGGUUCAACACCGUCGUCGGCAUGCAUGGCAAGGAGACCAGCUCGGCGACCAUGGCGGACGGGUCGGAGAUACCCGAACACGUCGUGAAGAGGUGCGGCGAGAUCAUCGAGGAGGAGAGCGUGCAGUUCAAGUGGGAGGAAGGGGACGUGCUCUUCUUGGAUAAUCUGGCCUUGCUCCAUGGGAGGCGGCCUUCGCUGCCGCCGAGGAAAGUCCUCGUUGCCACCUGCAAGUGAACUGGUCCUUCCAAUAGCCAACAAUAAAAGAUCAACUGUGUUAAGCAUCAACUCUAAUAUAAAUAUAAAUAUAAAUAUAAAUAU